AUGGUUCUCUGGACGACGACCGAAAGCACACGGUUGAUUGCGUCCACAGACGACGCCGUCGGUUCUGGUCACUUGUCGGACGCGGUGACCUUCGUCAAGCUAGCACUUGCGCUCGAGGAGGCCCACCCGACGGACCACAACCGGGUGCACCUCCUUGUGUGUGCCGCCGAGCUCUCGGCGCGGACGUCGCACCUUGGCGACGCCGACACGUUUGCCACUGCGGCGCUGGAGGACGGACCGCGCUGGCACGCGCACCUCGCCAAAGCGCACACCGUCGCGAUGACGCUCGCACAUGCCAAAGGCGACGUCGAGCACAUCGGGCGCCUCGUCAAGCGAGCCGUGGCCAUCGCGUCGUGGCAUCUCGGUCCGACGCAUGUCUUCCUCGUCGACAUCUACAUGGCCGCGGGGAGAACUACAAGGCGCUGGCCAUGUGCGACGCCUGCCUGGGCGUUCUCAAGGAGACGUUUGGCCGCAAAAGCGCGCCAUUUGUCGAGGUGCGACGCACACAGGCGUGUCUCGUCGAUCAAGUCGGAGCACCCGACAAAGCUCCGAACGCCAGCGCUGAGCUCCUUGGUGACGAGCCGCGCCGACUGCUGCCUCGCGACGGCGCCGCUGAGCUUGUUGACGCGGGCGCUGCAUCCGGCGUGCACGACCACGCUCCAGGCGCACGCGCUCUGCGUGAAAGCAUCGACCAACGUCGUCGCGUCGCUUCGGCUCUUCGGCGAGUGCGCGUCGACUGUCGACGACACGUACCGGGCGAUCGAGUAUUUGACGGCCGCAUGGGCGUGGGUCAAGGACCACGCGAACGCCGAGGACGACACAGUGGAAGCGAUGCAAGACAUUACGCGACGCCUCGUUGGUUUGCGCCGAAGAGUGCUCUCGCCCGACGAUACGCAGAUCGUCGACGGCGAGCCAUCGAGGUUCUGGACGAUGAGUUGGCGUUUGUGGCUGGCCAGAUUUUUGUCCGUGUACCUGGAGAAUACUUUCAUCGUGUGCUCCAAGCGGUGGUAG